AUGAAGUUUGAGAAUAUGCUUGCAGAGGUGGAUGGCUUUGGGAAAUUCCAACUAAGAACGGUGCUCUUGAUGGUGAUUCCUCGUAUUACUUUGCCUCUUCACUUUUUACUCAAUAAUUUCAUUGCUGCGAUUCCUUCUCACCACUGCGACAUCAGCUCUCUGGAUGAUGGAGGCAUUUUCAAGAAUUUAUCCCAGGCGGACAGGCUUGUUGUGAGUAUUCCUCUGCAGGACCAUGGGACUCCAAGCUCCUGUCAGAUGUUUGCAGAGCCUCAAUAUCAUCUGCUGCUCAACUCCUCCAACAUCACUGAGCUACCCACAGUUCCGUGCCAGAAUGGAUGGGCGUAUGACAACUCCACCUUCAAGUCUACUCUGGCCUCAGAUUGGGAUCUGGUUUGUGAUAAUAAAAGAGCGAACAGAGCCACAGCCACCAUUUUCUUCAUUGGGGUCAUGCUUGGAGCAGCAGUGUUUGGAUAUCUCAGUGACAGGUUUGGCAGAAAAACAAUGCUCCUUGUGUCCUACAUUGCAACAAUCAUCUUUGGAUUCGCCAGUGCUUUGUCUUAUAAUUUUGCCAUGUUUGCUGUCAUGAGGUUCUGCACUGGAGUAGGAAUAUCUGGAAUAAGUAUAAUUACCAUAGUCCUAUGCAUUGAAUGGGUGGACAUCAAGCAUCGCACUGCAGUGGGUGUUUUAAUGAGCCUGGACUGGAGUUGUGGUACCGGAGUGUUGCCUGUUAUCGCUUAUUUUGUGAGAGACUGGAGAUACCUGACCGCCGCAGCAACCAGUCCGCUGUUUCUGGCAAUUGCCACCUGGUGGUGGCUCCCUGAAUCUGCUCGAUGGCUGAUAAGUAACGGAAAGGUCCAAAGAGCUCAUUUUUACCUGAGCAAGUGUGCACAAAUGAAUGGCAGAGAGCAGUUCAUGGCUGAUCUAAAGCCUGAGGUUCUAUCCAAAGUAAUACUUGUAGAAAAUGACAAAAGGAGAUACUCCUAUUUGGACCUCUUCAGGACCCCCAGGCUGAGGAGAAUAGCUAUUCUUACUGGCAUUGUGUGGUUUGCAGUGACCUGUACAUAUUAUGGAAUCAGUUUGAAUAUAACUGGAUUUGAUGUAGAUAUUUACCUCACUCAGUUCAUCUAUGGCGCUUCUGAAGUUCCAGCAAAAUUGUUUAUAUUUUACGCCUUAAAUAAAAUUGGCCGAAGGUUGAGUCAAACUGGAACACUCGUUAUGACUGGACUGUGUAUCCUCUGCAACAUGUUCGUCCCUCCAGAUAAGGGGACGGUCAGGACAGCUGUGGGCGCUCUGGGAAAGAUGUUUGCAGAGGCAGCUUUUACAACUGUAUUUUUGUACACUACAGAGCUUUACCCCACUGUAAUGAGGCAAAAUGGACUGGGUUACUGCUCCUUCAUAGCUCGUUUUGGCGUGUCGGUGUCCCCUCUCAUCUUGGUUCUUGAAGAAGUGUGGCGUCAUUUACCAAGUACCAUUUUCACCCUAGUGGCGUUUGUUGGUGGGUUGUCAGCCUUUUGUCUUCCUGAGACAACCAAUGUUCGUUUACCAGAGACUAUUGAGGAUGUGGAACAGACAAGGAGAAGAUCAAUUUCACCAUCUGAAGAAAACCCCCCACUGUAUAAAGACUGAUCUAUUGAGUUGCAGAGAAUGUCAGUGGUGGUUAUCUGUUACAAUGCAUAAACUUUAAAAUAAGAGAGCAAGUUUUGCUGUUUGAGCUCACACAAAAAUGGCAAGAAGAAUUUAAAAAUCAUGAAAAAAAGUCUGUACAUGUGCAACCUAAUUUCCACCAUCAUUGCUGUGCUAUCAAAAUCUUUCCUGUAUGAUCAAAAACAAAACAAAGGUUUAAAGUAAGGCCUAGCAGCUCUAUGAGGCUGUAUAGUAUAUAGACAGUGAUGGUUAGAGCUAAGUGGUAACAUUAGCAUGCUGACAAUGUUGUUUUGCACAUGAAGCUUUGAUUUAGAUGAAUAAAUACACUUCAUAUACAUUUUA